UAGCAGGGAUCCCGCUUGCUGCCGUGGGAUAGGUGCCGGCCGCUGUGGGGCUGUUCGGUGUCUGCUUUCUGUAGGGGCCGCUUCGCUGGUUGCUUUUAACUGUAUUUAAGAGACUUGUGUGAGCGGGGGAAGGAAGCUGUUUUGGCGUUUUGGGGUGGAAAGGGUCUGUGCCAGGUCCCAAGCCCCUUCUGCAGAACUUAGUUUUGCUGUUAAACUAGCCCCACUUCCCCCUCAUCUGUGCUUUAGUUUCAGAGAAUGAUUUGAAAAAAAUACAUGGAGAAUGGAGGGGGGGGAGAUGAGAUGUGCUAGCCUUGAGGAGCUGUAAUGCUUGAUGUUGAUUUCUGUAUAAAGGUGACGAUUACACUGCUGGUAAACUGUGUGCCCCCAACACUGCAACCUAAUUUUUCUGUAGGGAAAACUGGUGGGGAAAUCCAGUGAGCAGUGUGCCUAUCUCAGUGCUCAGAUGCUUGUUUCUCUUGCACGCUAUGUGUCUGGUAGGUCAGCAGCUACAUUUUUCACCUGUCUGUUUUUACCUUUCUUCAUACGUUUAUUGUUAGAAUUAAAUUUUGUAAUUGUUAGGAAGGCUACAGCCACUAGGUUUUCUAGAGGGUCUGGAGGACACACUAACAGUGCAGAACAAUCCUUUAGUGGCAAAUUGAAAACACUGAAUUUUCAACUUGUAGGUGGUUUGUUUUGAAUUAUAUUAAUGAGCCAUAGGAAAACAAGCCAGGAUAUUAAUUUUUCAUUUAUUCCCAUGCAUCAAAGCAGGGUCUGCUACAUGAGUGAGGGAACUGAGAGAUCGUUAUACAGCCUUUUUUGAAGACCUCCACUGCUGGAGUUUCCCUCAUUUGAGCCUUCAGUCUUUCAUUGGCAGAAGACCACAGUAAGAAGCUCUGCUCUGCUUUUGACACCUUGUACUACAGAACACUUUUCCUCAUUCAUCAGGUAGAAUCUUUAAUACAUUUAUAAGCUAAAUACAAAAUCCCUUGUGUAAUAUGCCACAGCUGUCUCUCACUUUGGACUUCUUUCUUUGCAUGUCACUGUACUGCUUGAGUACUUUCCUGAUGUGUAAAUUAGAUCUGUAUGACAGCAUGUUAGCUAAAAUUCAUCAGUCUUUACAGUUCUUUCUCAGGAGGUUUUCUUUCCCUGCUAAUGGAGUCUGCUUUGAACCACAGCUGUACAGGAAUUUCCAGCACAGCAGAGAAAUACACUGCUUUUCUCAGCCUACCUGUCUGUAGCUUCACUGUAGCACAAACUAGAAGGCAUUUGGUGUUACAUACUCACUGCAACCUCCCUACCUUCACGUGACGUGACAACUGGGAGGAAAAAAGGGUCUCCUAAGAGUGUUGUGUGGUGUCGUGCAUCUUCAAAAGACUGCAACUGAGUAGCUGUUAAAAUUGUAUAGGAAGAGUAUAGGAAAGGAAAAGUUGACUUUCUCAGCUCCUCUGCGGUAUUGGCAAGUCCUAUCAAAGGAGUGAGAUUACAUAAUUCCUCAAUGCAAUGACAACUGCAUUGAAGGCAUACAUCCAAACGUUAUUAAUAAGGCCCACAAUUAUAUAGGAUCGUAUUGAUGAGGGAUGGAAGGAUCCUACCAGAUGACCAGGUUUCUUUCUAUUAAGUGUAAGAAAAACUUUGAUUUACCAGAUAUUUUCAGUCUUUUGUGCACAUCUUGAAUCUCAUCAUAACUUGCUUUACACUGCAGUAGGCUUUUAUUCUUUGGAAUUACAUUAAAUGGACUUUUCAGGUAUUUCUGAAUUUUUAAAAACUAGGGGUAUUGCCUCUUUGGGAAGAAGCAGUGCUUUUAGAGACACUGAAAAAAUGAUUUUUUUUUUUUAUUCUGCUGGUAUAUAGAAAGAAUACAUGAUUUGUGACUUGUAUCAAAAUACCACUUAUGAGUUUGUAGUAGCAAAAUUAUAGUUAACAAAAAUGUAUUCUGCCACAGAGUUGUCACAUGUUUUAGCUAUUAUGCUACUGCUUUAAAGUUUGCUCCCUACAUCACUCUCCCUUUUUAUAUUAGGGAAUAUAGGUAAUAAUGCUAAGGUAUUUUCAUGACGUUAUUCAUCCCGCUCUUGCAGACUGAAAUAUGUCGUCUGCCUUAGAUGCUGCAAUUUAGGAUGGAUGUGACCAAUUGAAAUUAGUCCAGAGAUGAUUAAAAACACCAAUCUUUUAUUUCUUUAAAAAAGUAAGCAUAAAAACAAGGUUGUUCUAUUAAAAAAAAAAAAAAAAAGGACAGAAAGAAGACUGUGAAUACACAGUUGUCACAAAGAACAACCUUUAGUUGUUUUCCACAUUCAGUGGGGUUAAGGACAAGAGAAGUAACUUUGUAGUAAAGCAGGGCUCAGCUGAGCACAAGGAGAAGCUUAGUGAGAAAGGCAAACAUUGGAGAGGGAACCCUGCUGAGGCUAAAGAACCCCCUUAGUGGAAGUGCUUAAGACCCUGUUGGAGGUUGUCUCUCAUAUGAGUUCCUGUGAAUAUUUUAAUAAAGAUGCAAGUAAUUGAGUGCAUGAGAAGUUAUUUUUUGUUUGCAAAUCAUUGUUCUUCAGCUGAGACACAGUAGGUUGCCCAAGUGUUGAAAAUUUGAGGAAACUCAAAAUUGACUGUUCCAUGAUUUUGAUUUAUACUAAUACAUUCACUGAUGAUUUAAGAUAAUGUUUAUAUUUAUGAUGACAAAAGAGCAUAUGCAUGGAUAAGUAUCACAACUCAGGCACUCUAGCUUGGUUGUGAUACAGUGAAUGUAGCCUGCGUUCCAUCCUUGUUCUGGUGAUAGCUUAUGGUUCCACUCUGCUACGCGUGGUGGCUGGCUCUGAUGUUUGCCAUUCUGAGAUAAAGCAAAAACGAUUACUGUUUGUUCUGCAUUCAGUUGACAAAACAAAGCACGCAAAUGUGAAUAGUAACUGUGUUUUGUUUUGUUUCAAUAUGUUCUUAAUAUUCAUUUCCCACAAACAUGGCAUUCAUUUAAUUAUUUUGAAGUGCAAGAAUCCCUAGCUCCUACCUCUUUGUUAUCUUUAUAAAGCUGUAUGUGGGAUUGAGAAGUAGUAUUGUAGGGGAGAAAUUUAUUACAAUAUGUUUUUUGUUCUUUUUUUAAAGAAUAUCCUUUAUUUGUAAAUAGCCUAAGCAUCAUAAGGUAGUUAAACUGUAUAUGACCUAGAAAUAAGUGGCAGGAUUGAGUAAUACCUGCAUUACAGCACAGAUGACUUGACUACUUUUCAGAUGAAACAAGUUUCAGUUUUUCCAUAUCAUGUAACAGAACAAGUAAAUACUCUGCAACGAGGAAAGCAUUUUAAGCUAAAUUAAGUCAGGAGUAUUCUAAUUCAGAUGUUUUUGGUCUCUCAUGUAGAAAACAAGGGACAAACUUGAGCAAUUAUGGCUAAAGUAAUACUCUUUUUCUUAUUUUAGGGACCUGUGGGAUUUAAGAAUAUCUCUCCUCUAAGAAAAUUUGCUGCUUCUACAGCCUUCCAUCUUAGUGGGCAAUUGAUGAUUUCACUUGAAAUACUUAUCUGAAGAAAUUAACAGUAGGCAAGGUGUAAUUGCUUUUUAAAAAUGUUAAAAGUACAGCAGUGUGUAACAGCUAACAGGAUACCCAAGAAAAAGCCAUACAUUUGUGACACUUGCUAUAAACAGUUUGAAACUCCAUCGAAAUUAGCUAGGCAUUAUCUGAUACAUACUGGUCAAAAGCCAUUUGAAUGUCACGUGUGCCAUAAAACGUUUAGGCAGUUAGUCCAUCUGGAGAGGCAUCAAUUAACCCAUAACCUGCCUUUUAAGUGUAUUGUUUGUCAUAGAAACUUCAAAAACUUAAUUACUUUCUUGAAGCAUCAGCAGCUUCACAAUGCAAAUUAUCAGAAUGAUAUCAAGCAAGCAGGAAAAUCUGUGGAUUCCGAGCAAGACAGGGUCGUUUGUGGCAUAUUUCGAUGUUCUGUGUGCUGGAAGUCUUUUACAACUGAAGAGAGGUGGAUGCUGCAUCAGUGCCUCAAGGCAGAUCAUCUGCGUGGUACCAGAAGGAGAAAGAAAACUCAUGCUUGUGAAUCAUGUAACAAGACAUUUCCUUCAAGAUCUAAGCUAGAAAGACACUUCCUUAUUCACACUGGCCAGAAACCUUUUAAGUGUUCUUCAUGUGGUAAAUCUUUCAGACAGUCAACCCAUUUGAAAGUCCAUCAGCUCACACACACAGAAGAAAGGCCUUUUCAGUGCUGCUUUUGUCAGAAGGGGUUUAAAAUACAGAGCAAACUCAUGAAGCACAAACAGCUCCAUGCCAGAAAUAAGACUGUCCCCAAUAUCAAAUACAAAGGAAAGACUCCUAAAUAUCUCAGACCACAGAAACUGUUGGAAGGAAAGAUGGAUAGUUUUGAGAAUGACCCUUACAAGUCCCAGGAGAAUGACCCACGUGAUGUUUGUUCAAUUUAUAUUGUACCCUUUCAGUGUCCAAUGUGCAAGCAGUGUUUUGAAACAGAGCAGGUUCUAAAAUUGCACAAAUGUUGUUACCUGAGAGAUGGCAAAAGUUCAAAUAACUGCACAACAGCUUUCAGCCAUGCAGUCAGCAUGAAAAAUAGGAUCCUGAUGAAGCUGAAGCAUACUGGAGGAAAGGCAUCAGAUUUUUCUGUGACUGGCAGGAAAAAAAUGAAAUCAGGUUACUUUAAAAGUCCUGACCUGGUUGCAGUUAGAGAUCAGCGUUCUGAUAAGAAUGCUUCUACUAAAUUUUUCAAGGACUGCUGUAACAAGCUUGACAUGCACAAAGCAGUUAGUAAUCGGACGAAAAGAGUAUUUGCCAUGCCAUUAUCUUGGCAAGAGCACCUACAACCUCGCGAAGUAGGAAUUAAUUUAAAAGGUAUGCUUACUGGUGAGCGCAUGUUAAACAUCGAUGAUUCAGUACAUAAUAAGGAUGAUGCUUUUUAUGGUUCAUCAGAUGAUGGCUUCUUUGAUAAUCCAGAAGUACUUCGCUGUGCUUUUUCAGCUCCUACUAAAAAUAUACAUAACAGACACAAAGUGUGUAAAUGUGACAGAUGUGAAAAAAUCUUUCCAUCUUCAUCCAAACUUCAAAGACAUUAUCUUAUACACACGGGACAGAAGCCCUUUGGCUGUAAUGUUUGUGGGAAGACAUUUAGACAGUCAGUUCACUUAAAAAGACAUCAGCUCACCCAUACUGAAAAGAACCCCUAUAAAAGCUCUGUUUGCCAGGUAGAAUUUGAAAAUCUGAACAAACUUUUCAAUCAUCGGGGAGAUCACAUUGAAUUUAAGUCUUCGCAGCCUGUGGGUUAUUCAGGUUAUUCUCAAACACCUUCACAGGCAUCUGGCUUUCAAGAUUUUGAGCUGAUUCAGUCAAACCAAGCAGCUGAAAUCAAAGUUGAAAUUGAGUCAGGGGACUUUGUUCUUGACACCAGCAGGAGAAACACACAGCCUUAUUUGUGUAGUAAAUUGUUGGAAACAGAGCAAAGCUGUUACAGUUAUUGGCAUGAUUUUUCUGACGGGAUUGAAAAAAGUGAUGUUAAGAAAGUGUAUCAGUGCAGUAUCUGCUUUAAAACUUUCAAAUCGCCUUCUAAGCUUGAAAGACAUUACCUAAUGCAUGCUGGACAGAAGCCAUUUGAAUGUUCAGUUUGUGGUAAAAAUUUUAGACAGUCCCCACAUUUGAAGAGACAUCACCUUACUCACUUUAAAGAGAGAUUAAAACUGAGUUCCACUGAGCAACAACAAGGGAACAUAUUGUUUUCAUUGUAACUGGAUGCUGUCCCGUGAAAUUAUACAUUAACAUUUUUGGUUGCGUAAUUAUUAAAAGGCUUAUGUUACAUUGAAUAAUUGACUGAAAGGAUUAUCUUUUUAUGUUAUGGAGAAGACCUGAUGAAGAGUUAAUUUGCUGUCUUCAGAACUGUCUACUUGAUUAUAAUAUGUGAUGACAGUGAGAAGAUGGUAAAAAAAAACAAAGCAAAGCAAAAAAGCAAUAAAAAAGCUACUUUGCAUUUCUUUUCUUUAAAUGUAUUUAUAAAUUUACAUUCUUACACUGUUGAUGGUGUUGCAGCAAUCUGCAGAGCUCCCUACCUUUUCCUGUAUAGGAUUUCAUGACAGUACGCUGCCCAACGAUAACUAUCCAAAAGUAAAGAUUAACAAGGUAAUUUCCAGAAUACAGGAAAUGGUUCCUUUACUUUCUUCUGGCUCCCUGUACAUUGCAAACAAAUAUGCAAGUGUUGCAUAUGCUUGCUGUAUUUAGUUCAUGCUUUAAAAACAAAAACAAAAAACAGUUAAAUUUAGAUGAAGAAGAUGCAAAAAAAAAAACCAAACAAAUUUGUGGAAGGGGGAAAGAAUGUUUAAUGAGAAAAACUUGAUUAGCAUUAUAGAACAGUUAAUAAAGAGAAAAAUGAACUGGAUAUUUGCAAUAUGCUUGGAGAUCUGUGGGUGAGGAAUUACAUUUUUAACUUAUUUACGGUAAAAUAUGAGUAGACAAUGCUAAAGUAGCAUGGUUGAUAAUCAUUUAAUCCUUUUUACCACUUCAUUGUUUCCACUUCUUGCAAUAUCUCUUGCUUUUUCAACUUUUCUCUUUUUUUUUUCUUGUCAAUUCAUGCUAUAUUGAAUUUUCUACAGGCAAAGAGGGCAAGAAAUUAUCAUUAAUAUUACACAUGCAGUUACUAUCUGUUCCUUCUGACAUGCGUAUUGCACCAGUAAAAGAAGUGUUCUCUAAGUUGUGAUAAUAGCUCAGACAAGCAGUUUUGUUGGGAAGUCAUGUUCGUGUUGCAUUAAAUAUUAGAGACUGAAAAUGACUUUUAGCUCAAAUUCUGGUUUUGUGUUAAUAGAGCCUGUAGUUUUUACUUCUGGUAAGUAGAGAGCUUUGUCCAUUGUACGUGUGGGGCUGGCAAAAAGUGUAAGUGCAGUGGAGCUUUAUUCAUCAAGAACAAGAAUGAAGUUUGUUUGUUUUUCCUCUGAAGAAACUACCUUUUACUGUAUUUUCCUUUGUUACACAGCUUCUGAAUAGUUGAAACAUGAUUUUUUUUAUCCUAUAUCUAAAUUAAUAUAACUGUAAGAUACACGGCAUUCUUUUCACUAUUUAAAUAGAUACGUAUUUAUUUAAGUAAACUUUUUGAUUUUUUUAUUAUUUCUUGAACAACUUACGUAGGUCUUGCUGUGGCAUAAGCUUUAUAGUAGUUGGUAUAAAUGAAGGAUGAAGGGAGUUUUUAUUUUAUUUUUGUGUUAUUCUUUCCUAUUUUGAGAGAGAAUACAACUAAGAAAGAUACUCAAACAUUUAGUUACUAUGAUUUUUGUAUGACAGGCUAAUUCAGUGUCUUAAGAAUGACUAUAGUUAUAUAUUGAGGUUUUUUUCUCCCCAUGUGAAUUGUUUCAUAUUGAAAGAGAAUACUGUAUAAAAUGUUUUGAAAGCGUAUUGUAGAGCUCUUGAAAUACUUGUAAUAAACUAUUUUAUUUAUAUUGCACUUUUGUUGUAUACUUUAUGUGCAAACUAGAGUAUUGAAAUUAUAAUAUUCAGUAUGCAGAGAAGUCUAAAACUAGGAAUCAAAAUAGCACUUUGUAUGUUAGAAUAAAUAGGCUUCAUUUCUUUCUUCCUUUUUUUUUUUUUUGCCAUAGAAGUAAAGUAUAAACAUAUUUGAA